AUGAUGCGACUCUCUUUUUUGCUCCUGGCUUGCUUCGCCAUCGCUUCCCUGCUCGUUCCCUCCGGCCAAGCAUUCAACGGCGGCUGCGAAGGCUACGCGGUGAGGUUCGAUGGCACGAAUUGGCUGGAUGCCGGCCACGGCGCGUGGAGUCAGCCCAAGGACUACACGCUCGAGUUCUGGAUCAAGCCCUACCUCACCCAGCCCAACGCCUUGGCCGUCCUCGGCAACUUCCUCCGCAUGGAACGCCAGGGCUUUGGUUUCGGUUUCCUGAUGGAGGGCGACCGGAUCAUCUUCAUGGACUCGCAGCCGUUCGACGGCCAACUAAGCGCGUCGAUCCCUUUCAACGAGUGGACCCACGUUACCGGCACCUAUGGCGCCGACGGCUCCGCGCUCUACAUCAACGGCCGCCGCGUCGCGCACAGGCCCGGACGUGCCGCCCUGCGCUACUAUACCACCGACGGGUUCCUCCUGGGCCGCACCCUGGGCAAAGAGGCCGGCUUCGUGGGCGAGCUGGCCGAGGUCCGCCUGUGGGAUCGGCAGCGCGCCGAGAGCGAGGUCGCCGAAGACUGGAACAGGCCCGUGUCGGCGUCGUCGACGGGACUCGUGGCCUACUGGGCCAUGCGCACGUCGGGCGACUUCUUCAUUGUCGACGAGACCGACCGCGCGCAGGCCAGCGCGACCCUGGCCGGCCCGAGCCGCUUGCCACUUAUCUCUCGCGCCUGCGUGACCGGCUGCAGCAACGAGAGCCGUUGCGUGCCGGCGCAGGGCAGCAUCAACAAGCGACAGAGCAGCGCCCUGCCCGACAUCACCGUCGACGCCAACCGCGCUCAGUCCACCAUGUACAUCGAACAGCGUUCCUUCCUCUCCACCGACUGCGCCGUACGUGAAGGCUGCGCGGCUGCCGGCACCCGCGUGCUUCUGCGCUUCGACACUGCUACGCCCAACAUUGGUCGGGCUGACUUGACCCUGGGCAAUCCUGCUGCGGGCGGCGGAUUCGUCUACGACGCUUGCCAUCGGCACUACCACUUCAGCGGCUAUGCCAACUACAGGCUCUACUCGUACGACCGCACCUUGACCCGCGUGGGCAGGAAGCAGGCCUUCUGCCUCGAAGAUUUCGAACCCAUUAGCGGCUGGACCGGCUCGCGCUCGCUGCUGCCCAAGUUCGAUUGUAACAAUCAGGGCAUCAGCGUCGGGUGGCAGGACGUGUACGUGGCCAACCUCGACUGCCAAUGGAUCGAUAUCACCGGUAUCACGCUGGGCUCUUACUGGCUAUACGUUGAGAUCAACCCGGUCGUCAACGGCGCUCGAGCCUUCACCGAGUCGGACUAUACCAACAACGUCUUCUGGAUCCCAUUCCGCAUCGUCAACCCGUAG